AUGUGUGAUGCAUCUGACUAUGCAGUAGGAGCAGUGCUUGGCCAAAAGAUAGACAAGAAACUCAAUGUCAUCUACUAUGCAAGCAAGACUAUGGAUGAUGCUCAGUGCAAGUAUGCAACCACAGAGAAGGAGCUCCUUGCCAUAGUCUUUGCCUUUGAGAAAUUUCGAAGCUAUAUAGUUGGGUCCAAGGUGAUUGUGCACACUGACCAUGCUGCCCUUAGGCACAUCUUUGCUAAGAAAGAUACAAAGCCAAGACUUCUCAGAUGGAUCCUUUUGCUUCAAGAGUUUGACAUAGAAGUUGUGGACAAAAAGGGAGUGGAGAAUGGAGUUGCUGAUCAUCUCUCUAGGAUGCGAGUCAGGCUGGAAGAAGUUAAGGCUCUGCGUGAUGAGAAUUUGCCAUGGUAUGCUGAUAUAGUGAACUUCAUGGUGUCCGGAGAAGUCCCUAGUAGCUUUGAUGCUUACAAGAGGAAGAAAUUCUUCAAGGAUGCUAGGCAUUACUAUUGGGAUGAGCCUUACUUGUACAAGAGAGGACCAGACAGCAUUUACAGGAGAUGCAUAGCUGAAGAGGAUGUACAAGGAGUUCUAGAGCAUUGCCAUGGGUCAGCUUAUGGAGGUCACUUUGCUACAUUCAAAACAGCAACUAAGGAAAGGAGGAUCACCAAGAGGGACGAGAUGCCACUAAACCCAAUUCUAGAAGUUGAGAUCUUUGAUGUAUGGGGAAUAGACUUCAUGGGACCUUUCAAGCCUUCUUCAAACGGGCACAACUACAUUCUUGGUUGCUGUGGACUAUGUUUUCUAUCUAAAAAGAAAAGGAGUUAUACCAAAAGAGUGAAGACUGUCCAGACGGCUCUAUCGAGAAUCAGCGCCCAACCGCGCAGUCCGGCUGGCCGAGGAACGAAUGUUCCGCGCUCGGCCAAACGUAUCCGUCCGACUGAAGUCUCGGCCAAAGUCCAAACCACUCGGCCGAUCACGCAUCACGACCCGGGAAACAUUGCCCGCGGUCGGCCAAGCCAAGCGCUCACGCCACACCGCGCACGACCAAAGCGCGCGAGCCGGGAAACAAGCCUCGCGGCCGCGCAACCCAUCUCGCGUACCACGGCCGAUGCAUCCGUCCGAGCCGGGAAGAACGUCCCACGUCCGGCCGAGAAUUUCAUCGGCCAAAUUCAUCCGCUCGACCACGCCGGCCGACCGCGAAUCCGUCCGACCCCGACCGUUCCGACUCGGCCCACGACCCGAUUGUCCGGCCGAUCGUCCCGCACGACCGUCCCAACGCCGCGGUCGACCCGAAGCCCUUUUUGA